AUGGUUGCACCUUAUCAGGCCCAGCAGCACGCCUACCAUCCGAUGCUAGUGCAGCUAAAGCUGACCCACAGAGGUCUUAUGGAAUUUAUGAGACAGGAAGAUGUGGACGAUGCCAUUCCUGACGACCAAGCUCUCGAGCAGGUUGCCGAGUGGUGUCGGCAGCUGGAGCAAGGAGACAACUCGCUGUCAUCACGUGUGGAGGCGAUACUCGAUACAGUACGACAACAUCUCGACCUUUACCCUGAGGAUUCAUUUGUCAUGGUCGAUGAAAGCGUGUGGUUCCUGGACAUCGUGGCAAUUGCGCUCAGGAAGGCAUACCAUCCGAUCACCAACACACUACUAACCAUUCGAAGUACCGGUGGCCAGAGACUUUAA